AUGGAUUCAAAAAAUAAUAAUGAAAAACAACAAAAUGAUGAUAUUACAAUGUCAGUGGAACAGGCUGAUAGUAAUAAUAACAACAACAAUAGCAACGAGGACAGUUUCGUCAGUGUCAGUAGCAGUCAAGAUUCAACAACAGAUUUACUGACGGGAUUCAAGAGAGAACAAGAAUUCUUUUCAUGGCAUCCAUUGGCAUUCAUCGACGACGUGAACGAAGCUGUAUUUGAAAUCACUGCAAUAGAUGCCGCCGACUACAUCGAACAUUGUCUACAAACACAUCUCUCACCCGAUCCACAAACACUUGAAAAAAUAUCACAGGGUGCAAAUAAAGCAUGGAAUAUCUUGGAUGAAAGUUUCAAAAAGAAUUUAGAUAAAUUCGAAUUGUUCCUGUUGAGCAAUGUUUUUAAGAUACCAGAUGAUUUGGUGUUGCCCAAUGAACAAUUCCUCCAAAAUAGCAAUCAACUCUCACAAUCUGUAAAUCAAUCACCUUCCAACUCCAACAACAACAACAACAACAAUAGAAAUAUAGAUCAUCAUCAAAUAGAUAAACAAAUCGAUGAUUUAAAGUUAAAAAUAGCAAAACAUGAUAGCAAUGAAAAGAGAAAAAAGAAUAAACUUUUAGAGUCAGAGAUAGAAUUGUUGAAAUCAUGGGAUAGUAUUUUAAAUGUUUCACAAACAACUAUUGAAAAAGAAAUUAUACCUACAUUUAAUAAUAUCAACCACAAGAGAAGAGAUUUAAGUUAUAGUUUUAAUUUGAUAAAGAAACGAUUGGCAGAAAACAAUAUAAAUAUUGAAAGUUCAACAACUUCAGCAACAUCAUCAUCAUCAUUGCCAUCAUCAACAUCACCUACAUCACUGGAAUCCAAUAUUAAUAAUUUAACACUCAAUGAAUUCAUAAGAGACAAACCGGACGUAGAGCGAAAUACCAAGGAAAUGUCAGCCAUCCAAAAUCAUUUAUAUAUUUCAAAGUUCUCAAUAAAUAUAUAUUUAGCUUAUUUCUUAGCAAAGCUUUGCGAAAUCAGAUUCACAGUAAAACAAACCAUCUCCAUAAUCACAUAUAGUAAUCAUAAAGCUAUGGUUACCCUAGCCACAGAUGAGAUUAGAGAAGUAUGGGCACACAAUCUCGAAGAGGAGAUGGCCAUCAUCAGAGAUCUCAUCGAAGAUUACAAUUAUAUAGCAAUGGAUACAGAGUUUCCUGGUAUAGUUACGAGACCAGUUGGAUCAUAUAGAACAUCAUCAGACUAUCACUAUCAGACAUUGCGUUUGAAUGUAGACCUGCUGAAGAUCAUCCAAUUGGGUCUGACUUUUGCUGACUCUGAGGGUAAUCUAGCUAAUCAUACCUGUACAUGGCAAUUCAAUUUCAAAUUUAAUUUAAAUGAGGAUAUGUAUGCACAGGAUUCAAUUGAUUUGCUAUCAAGGAGUGGUAUAGAAUUUAAAAAGAAUGAAGAGAAUGGUAUAGAUGUAUUGGAUUUCGGUGAAUUGCUGAUGUCCUCCGGUAUUGUUUUAAAUGAUAAGAUAAAGUGGAUAUCUUUUCACAGUGGGUAUGAUUUUGGUUAUUUAAUAAAGCUAUUGACCUGUACAGCAUUACCAGUGGAAGAACCAGACUUUUUUGAUUUGGUCAGAACUUAUUUCCCAUGUAUUUAUGAUAUAAAGUAUCUGAUGAAGAGUUGUAAGAAUUUGAAAGGUGGACUUAGUGAGUUGGCAGAGGAUUUAGAUAUUAAAAGAAUUGGACCACAACAUCAGGCAGGUAGUGAUUCACUUUUGACUUGCACGACCUUCUUCAAGAUGAGAAAGAUGUACUUUGAGAAUCAAAUCGAUGAUUCAAAGUAUCAGGGUAUACUCUACGGUCUGACAUCGUCGUUCACCCAGGAUAAUAGUAGUAGCAACAGUAGUAGUAGUAAUAGUUCCAGUAACACCACCACCACCACCACCACCAACAACAGCAGCGGCACCGGUACCAGCAACAGCACCAACAGCACUCCCAAUAGCUCACACCAAUCCAUUUCCAAUUAUUCGCUUUUACAGAAUAUAACUCAAUCCAUUUCACCAUUGUCAUCAUCAGCGUCAUCUACAACAACCACCACCAACAACAACACAACAAAUGCAAUGAACGGUCAUAUAUAUUACAUACCGAAUUAUAAAUCAGUGACAAAUCAUGAUAAUGAAUCUCAGUCAACAGUAACAGUAACAGUAACAGUAGUACUAGUUAUAUAA